CAAAGAAUCAGUCAUAACUGAGCAUGCACACUUGCCCAGGCCAAUAACUAUCUGCUUGCUGGUUAGCAAAUCCUUGUAUCUGUGAUUGAUUGAUUGAUCAUGCCUGUCUGGAGAAAGGAUUGGAGAGUGGGUAUGUGUGGAGGCUGGAGGUUGACUAGAGAUGUUUGCCCUGGGCACCAAGAGUCUGAAGGGUGAGUUCACACGAAUUUGUGUGAAUGUCUUCCAGCUUCCCAGCACAGCCCUCGCCGGGGGUGGUAUGGCUCCUCACCCACCUUGCACACUCAGCUCCCUCUCUCUGCCUCUGCCCAUGUCUGUCCUUCUCUUUCUGUCCCUCUCUCCUCCUUAUUUCUCUGGUUUCAUCCCUACCUCACUCAGUUGUAUUUCUUUCACCCACCCCACUCCUACCUCAGAAGGUCUGCAACCUUGUCCUGUCAUCGCAACUGAGGGGCGACCUUUUUCUGUGUUCAGGCAGGCUGCGCUCAUGGCACCUCCAAGUGAGGAGACACCCCUGAUUUCUCAGCGCUCCUGCAGUCUUUCCUCUUCCGAGGCUGGUGCCCUGCACGUGCUGUUGCCCCCUCGGGGCCCUGGACCCCCACAGUGCCUGUCCUUCUCCUUUGGGGACCACUCAGCUGAAGACCUGUGUGUUUGCGCUGCUAAGGCCAGUGGCAUCCUGCCGGUGUACCACUCCCUCUUUGCUCUGGCUUUGGAAGACCUUUCCUGCUGGUUCCCCCCGAGCCACAUCUUCUCCGUGGAGGACACGGGUACCCAGGUCCUUGUCUACAGGCUCCGCUUUUAUUUUCCCAACUGGUUUGGACUAGAGAAGUGCCACCGAUAUGGGCUACGAAAGGACUUGGCCAGUGCCAUCUUGGAUCUGCCAGUCCUGGAGCACCUCUUUGCUCAGCACCGCCAUGACCUGGUGAGCGGCCGCCUCUCGGUAGGCCUCAGCCUCAAGGAACAGGGUGAGUGCCUCAGCUUGGCUGUUCUGGACCUGGCCCGGAUGGCCCUCGAGCAGGCUCAGCGGCCCGAGGAGUUGCUGAAGACGGUGCGCGGAGGGGGCGGGACCCCCAGCUUCAGCCCUCCCGCUUCUUCACAGGUCCUCCAGCCCUUCUGCGACUUUCCAGAAAUCGUGGAUAUCAGCAUCAAGCAGGCGCCGUGCAUUGGCCCGGCUGCGGAGCAUCGCCUGGUCACCAUCACCAGGACAGACAAUCAGAUCCUGGAGGCCGAGUUCCCGGGGCUUCCCGCAGCGCUGUCCUUCGUGGCGCUCGUGGAUGGCUACUUCCGGCUGACCACGGACUCGCGGCACUACUUCUGCAAGGAGGUGGCGCCGCCGCGGCUGCUGGAGGAGGUGGCUGAGCAGUGCCACGGCCCCAUCACCCUGGAUUUUGCCAUCAACAAACUCAAGACUGGGGGCUCGCUUCCCGGCUCCUACGUCCUCCGCCGCAGUCCCCAGGAUUUCGACAGCUACCUCCUAACUGUUUGUGUCCUGACCCCCCUGGGCCCGGAUUAUAAGGGCUGCCUCAUCCGGUGCGACCCCACAGGAACCUUCUCCCUGGCUGGCCUUGGCCGUCCCCACAGCAGUCUUCGCGAGCUCCUGGCAGCCUGUUGGAACGGUGGGUUGCACGUGGAUGGGGUUGAGCUGUACCUUACCUUCUGCUGCAACCCCAGACCUAAAGAAAAGUCCAAUCUGAUUGUGGUCCGGAGAGGCUGCAACCCACCCACAUCAUCCCCUGUUCAGCCCCAAUUCCAAUGCCAGCUGAGUCAGAUGACGUUUCACAAGAUCCCUGCUGACAGCCUGCAGUGGCAUGAGAACCUAGGUCACGGGUCCUUCACCAAGAUUUAUCGGGGCUGUCACCAUGAGAUUGUGGAUGGGGAGGCCCGAGAGACAGAGGUGCUGCUCAAAGUGAUGGAUGCCAAGCACAAGAAUUGCAUGGAGUCAUUCCUGGAAGCAGCAAGCUUGAUGAGCCAAGUGUCAUACCAGCAUCUCAUAUUGCUCCAUGGCGUGUGCAUGGCUGGAGACAGUAUCAUGGUUCAGGAAUUUGUACGCCUGGGAGCGCUGGACACGUAUCUACGCAAGUGUGGCCACCUAGUGCCAGCCAGCUGGAAGCUACAGGUGAUCAAACAGCUGGCCUAUGCCCUCAACUACCUGGAGGACAAAGGUCUCCGUCACGGCAACGUCUCAGCCCGGAAGGUGCUCUUGGCUCGUGAGGGGGCUGAUGGGAACCUGCCUUUCAUCAAGCUGAGUGACCCGGGUGUCAGCCCCACUGUGCUGAGCCUGGAGAUGCUCACCGACAGGAUCCCCUGGGUGGCUCCUGAAUGCCUCCAGGAAGCCCGGACGCUUGGCUUGGAGGCUGACAAGUGGGGCUUUGGAGCCACAGUCUGGGAGGUCUUCAGUGGCGUCACCGUGCCCAUCAGUGCCCUGGAGCCUGCCAAGAAGCUCCAGUUUUACCAGGAACGGCAGCAGUUGCCUGCCCCAAAGUGGAUGGAGCUGGCCCUGCUGAUCCAACAGUGCAUGGCCUAUGAGCCAGGCCAGAGGCCUUCUUUCCGCGCUGUCAUCCGUGACCUGAACAGCCUCAUCACUUCAGAUUAUGAGCUCCUCUCAGACCCCACACCUGGCACCCUGGCGCCCCGUGAUGGGCUCUGGAAUGGCACCCAGCUCUAUGCGUGCCAGGACCCUACCAUCUUUGAGGAGAGACACCUCAAGUACAUCUCACAGCUGGGCAAGGGCAACUUCGGCAGCGUGGAGCUGUGCCGCUAUGACCCGCUGGGCGACAACACAGGGGCCCUGGUGGCCGUAAAGCAGCUGCAGCACAGCGGGCCAGAACAACAGCGGGACUUCCAGCGGGAGAUCCAGAUCCUCAAAGCCCUCCACAGCGACUUCAUCGUCAGGUACCGGGGUGUCAGCUAUGGCCCAGGCCGCCAGAGCCUGCGGUUGGUCAUGGAAUAUCUUCCCAGCGGCUGCUUGCGCGACUUCCUGCAGCGGCACCGCACCCGCCUUGACGCUGCCCGCCUGCUCCUCUACGCCUCCCAGAUCUGCAAGGGCAUGGAAUACCUGGGCUCCUGCCGCUGCGUGCACCGCGACCUGGCGGCCCGGAACAUCCUGGUGGAAAGCGAGACGCACGUCAAGAUCGCCGACUUCGGCCUCGCCAAGCUGCUGCCUCUCGACAAAGACUACUACGUGGUCCGCGAGCCAGGCCAGAGCCCCAUCUUCUGGUACGCCCCCGAGUCCCUCUCGGACAACAUCUUCUCGCGCCAGUCGGAUGUCUGGAGCUUCGGGGUGGUCCUGUACGAGCUCUUCACCUACAGUGACAAGAACUGUAGCCCCUCGGCCGAGUUCCUGCGGAUGAUGGGGUGUGAGAGAGAUGUUCCAGCCCUCUGUCGCCUCCUGGAGCUUCUGGCCGAGGGCCAGAGGCUGCCCGCACCUCCUGCCUGUCCUCGUGAGGUUCAUGAGCUCAUGAAGCUGUGCUGGGCCCCUAACCCUCAAGACCGGCCAUCCUUCAGUGCCCUGGGCCCCCAGCUGGAUGCACUGUGGAGUGGAACCCGGGGAUAGUGUCCAGAGGCAUGAGACUCUCACCUUCCCUGCUUGUCUAGAGGGAGAACACCAUUCUCUGUCAUUUUUCAUAUCUCCGGCACACAGACCUCUAGGCUCUGGUCUCCAUGGACUUGCUGUGUGCCCUUGAGCAGGAACCUGCUCCUUUCUGGUCCUCCUGCUUCACAAGAGACCCCUCAUAGAGUGCCUGACAUUGCAUGUGGGGGAGCAACCCUGGUUGGCAGGGCGACAGCAGCCUGUGGCUUUUUGAACUUGGAAAGAUUCAAGACAGAUGUCAUGAUGGGGUCUAAUGAGCUCCAUCCACUCCCCAGAAUCAAGGGACCACAUUUAAGGACCUUCCAUCUUGCCAACCUCUCACGGUCUAGCCUGCAGCUUCAUGUUCUCAUUUUCAGAGGAGCCAUUAUGUAGCUUUAGAUAUGUCAUCUCAGGCUUCUAGUCCCGUCUCCCUCUUUAGCUGGAGGAAGCCAAGGACAAGAGCAACUGUCCGGGCUGAAAAAUCCACUCUUUGAGGGGGAGCCUGUGUGACUGUUUGGAACUGUGUAAGGGACCAGGAGAGGCUGAGGUCCCCAGGCUCUGAACCUGAGUGUUUCAGGGCUUCUGUAAACUGGGGCCCUUUCUCUCUGGACCAGAGGAUCAUACAGUGGACAAUGGAGCCUAACAGGAGCUUUUCAUCAAUUGAAGGACGGAAAGGCAUUCUUGGCAGAGGAAAUGGCAUGGCGAGAGGAAGAGGCUCGGAGUACAGGGGUUAAGAGCACAGGCUGUUGGAGCCCACAGCUCUGCCACUUACUUGCUGUGUGAUGGUGGGCGAGUUGCUUCCUUUCUCUGGCUGCAGUUCCAUCCUCUGUCUAAUGGGCAAGAGUGUUGGCCCUUGGGCUCUACAGAGUCAACUUCUGGAAGAUUGUGGGAAGGCAUCUAGUGCAGGCUCAGCCCCCACCACUCCUUCAUACCUGCCUGCAAGCUUUUUCUGCCACUUUUGCCUCCCUAGAAAACUCUUAUUCAUCUCUCAAAACCCCAGCUAUCACCUCCUUGCAGCCUCCCCUGGGAUUCUCCCACUACUCCCAUUCAGCCCUGUACUUCCAGCUCUAGGGCUGGAGGAUGUCUAUAUCCAGCUCUGUCUCCGCUGGGGUGGGCACAAAGAGGACUCUGGGAGUGUUCAUUGAAUGAAUAAAGAAAUUCAGUGGAAA